AGAAAUUAAGUACGUAUUGAGAAGUUAGGCUGCACGUUUUGUGAUUACUAAAAUGUCGCGUUUUUUUAUGUUGGGUCUUGCAUUAUUUUUGCAAACGGUGUUUAUGGAUAUAUCUGCGAUGACUCCUGAACAAAAAUCGAUAAUUCACAAACAUUUCGAAGAACUGGGUAUGGAAUGCAUAAAAGACUUUGAAAUUACCGAAAAUGACAUAAAUGAUCUAAGAGCUAAAACACUUCCUACUGGCGAGAAUGCACCAUGCUUUUUAGCCUGUAUCAUGAAGAAAGUAGGAGUUAUCGACGAUGCUGGUAUGCUGCAAAAGGAAACCGUCCUCGAACUUGCUAAGAAGGUAUUCAACGAUGACGAAGAAUUAAAUAUUAUUCACGAUUAUCUUCAUUCUUGCGCACGAGUGAACUCGGAACCAGUGGGUGAUGGUGCAAAGGGUUGUGAACGGGCCAUGAAAGCCUACAAGUGCAUGAUUGAAAAUGCGUCGCAGUUUGGAAUUGAUGUUUAAACAACUCGUUCAGAAAAGUUGAUCGAUUUACAAUUAGUGAGUAGACCAGUGACCAGUAUCAGUUAUUACCAACAAAAGCUUUUUACUGAAAUAUUUUCGUUGUAACAGUAAGUAAUUACAAGUACUAAGUAUCUAAGUCUAGGACUUAAAUUUGAAUUCGCAUUUGAAAUAAUAUCUAAUCGGAGACAAGUAAAAAUAUUUAAACCAAAGAAUUCUUGAAUUCUUAUGCAAAUAAAAUUGCAUAUUUAUUUAUGUUAAUAACAUCCUCAAAAACAUCUUGCUAUAACAUUUUUCUUUCUUUAAUUUAUAGAAAAGAAUAAUUGAAAAUUGCAUCAUUCAUAUGGAUUGUGUUUGUAAAAUUAAAUUAAAUGUUUCAAUAAUAAAGUUGCUUUAUUUUAAUAAUAACAAUAUCAAGGAACAAUAAAAUCCAUGGUAGGUAAUUUUCUAAGUACUGGCGCGACGAACUAUAGCUGAUAUAUUAAGCGGCAUCAAUGAAGGAGCUGCAACAAAAUAGAAAAUUUAUUAGAAAAAUUUG